AGCUGGGGCUCCACGAUCGCCCCAUCCUCCGGGGUCGGGGCGCUCCAGGGAGGAACCCGGGUGCAGGCGAAGGCCACAGACCCAGCUUCCCUCUCCGUCCCCCGUGCCCAGCCAUGGCCAGGCCGGCCGCCCCGGGCUCGGUGAUUGUCCCAGACUGGCACGAGAGCGCCCAGGGCAAGGAGUACCUGGCCUGCGUCCUGCGCAAGAGCCGCCGGCGGGUGUUUGGGCUGCUCGAGCGGCCAGUGUUUCCCCCGCCUGUGGCCAUCGACACUGCCAGCUACAAGAUCUUCGUGUCUGGGAAGAGUGGCGUGGGCAAGACAGCACUGGUGGCCAAGCUGGCUGGCCUGGAGGUGCCCGUGGUGCACCACGAGACCACUGGCAUCCAGACCACCGUGGUGUUUUGGCCCGCCAAGCUGCAGGCCAGCGACCGCGUCGUCAUGUUCCGCUUCGAGUUCUGGGACUGCGGGGAGUCUGCGCUCAAAAAGUUCGAGCACAUGCUGCCGGCUUGCAAGGAGAACGCAGACGCGUUCCUCUUCCUCUUCUCCUUCACUGACCGGGCCUCCUUUGAAGACCUCCCUGGACAGCUGGCGCGAGUAGCCGGCGAGGCCCCUGGAGUGGUCAGGAUGGUCAUCGGCUCCAAAUUCGACCAGUACGUGCACACGGACGUGCCCGAGCGGGACCUCGCGGCCUUCCGGCAGGCCUGGCCGCUGCCCCUGCUGCGGGUGAAGAGCGUGCCGGGGCGGCGGCUGGCGGACGGACGCACGCUGGACGGCCGGGCCGGGCUGGCCGACGUCGCCCACGUGCUCAACGGCCUGGCGGAGCAGCUGUGGCACCAGGACCAGGUGGCAGCUGGCCUGCUCCCCGCCCCAGAGGCCUGCCCCAGCCCAGGGGUGGUGGGCUCGUGAGCGGGCACUCCCUACCCGCGGGCGACCCGGAGCAGGACCCGGGCCCCGGGCUGGGGCAGAAAUGCGGACCUUCCCCCAGGACGGGCCAGGGGGCCUGCCAGGGAGGGUGGAGGCCUGGGACGGCCCUUUCUUCGUGCAGCUCAGCGCAGGGAGGCGG